CGCGCCAGAGGCAUGGGGCCGCGCGGGCCGGGCGCGGGCGCGGGCUCCGGCGGCGGCGGCGGCGGCGGCGGCGGGCUCGGGCGCAGGCAGCGGCCGCGGCGGCCGCAUGCAAAUCGGCUCCCUGCCCCCACGCCCCUCCCCCCGAGAGGCGGGCGGCGGGCGGGGAGGAGAGGAGCGGGGGAGGGGACGCGGGCCGGGGAGGGGGCGGCGAGGAGCGCGGAAGAGGGGCGAGACGGGCCCCCGGCGCCGCCGGCCGGUCAGGGAGCGGCUGGGCGCCUCUGCAGCCCGCCAAGCGGCCUCCUGCGCGCCGGGGCCCCGCGCCUGCUGUUGCUGUUGCUGCUGCUGCUGCUGCCGCUGCUGCUGCUACUGCCGCCGCCGCCGCCGCCGCUGCCGCUGCUGCUGCUGCUGCCGCCGCUGCCCGCCGCCUGCCUGCGCCCCAGCCGCGCCGGCAUCCUCGGGGCGCCGCGCCCGGCCCGCUCCCCGGGGCGCCCGCCCGCGCCGCCGCUGGGCCUCGGCCGCCUUCAGGGGCCGAGCCGGCCGGCCGCGGGAUGCCAGGCGCCGGAAAGCCGCAUUCCGACACAGGGGGCCGUCCUGGCCGCCGCCGCCGCCGCUCGCCCGGCCCGGCGCGCCGAGUUUCUCGGCGGCUGCUCCGCGAGCCCGGGCGGCAAGGUGCACCUGUUCUUCAGCCGGCCCGCAGCCAACCCUCGGCCAGCACUCUCUGGGAGAGACCAAUCCGAGCGCAGCGCGGAGGGCGAGCGGCCGGGCUCGCCUCGCUCCCGCCGCCGCCCGCGGCUCCGCGCCGCCGCCCGAGAGUCAAACUCCAGCGAGCUGCGCCGUCGCCGCCGCGAGCCCGGGGCCUGGGGCGUUCGGGGCGUCCGCGGCGGGUGCUGUCGGACCCGCCGCAGAGGGAGACCCGCGCGCGAGCCGCAGAGGAUUCGAAAUCGGUCCCCGGCGCCGCUGCCGGGUCACGCUUGCGGAGGUGAAGCCGGAGACCGCGUCGGGGAUCCCGGACGACGCGGACCUCCGGCCGGAGGUUGGCUCCAGGCGAGCUCUGGCAGCCGGGCGGGUGCGGUGUGCGCCGAGCCGCCGCGGACGGGCUGGGCUUCAGGCAGAGUGGCGCCUCCCACCAACACCUAAUGGUGGUUUCUUAAUGUGCACAAGAGAAAUAAAUGAUCCUAGCAAACCCCCACUUGGAAGUGUGUGGCAAAAGCACCUCCCGACCGAUCGUGAGCCCGUCUCCGGAACGGAUCCGAUGGGGUCAGACUGACGCUGUGGGGCGAGGGAGCUGGGCCCGAGCGCGUGGGAGGUUGUCUGCACUCCCCAGCCUGAUGGCGGGUGCUGCUGGAUGGAGAGCCACCUUUCCUCCGAGUUCCUCUGAGAGAUGCUGGUGAAGCAGACGACCUUUGCGCGGUUAGACCUGGCAGAUGUCUCCAAGCCGGUUUAGAACAACUUACCGUAGAAAACAAAGUAUUGUCUUUAAAUGUAGCCGAAAGCACACGCACACACGUCACAUGGCCACUGACUGUGAGAGGUGGAGAGCCGAACAGUACACGGAAAAGACUGCAGAGAGCAGAGGAUGCAUUGAAACGGGAACCACCCCCCGGGGAUUUGGUGCCUACCAGAGUAUUUUGCACAGACACGGUUAAUAAAUUAUUUUCGAUGGCA